AUGAAGUCUGCUAAAGAACGAUAUAUACAAGAUGAAUUUAAACGUUGCUUCAACAAAAAUUAUCAAUUAUCACCUGAUAUUAAACUAAAAGCAAAUGAAGCAUAUUUUCUUCAAUUUGCCAUUUACAAAAUGUCUAAUCAAUGGUUGACUAAACGUUUUACUUUUGUAAGUUUUGGUUGUGGUCUUGAUCCAGCUUUAAAUACGAUAAUAAUAUCAAGACAAUUUUUAAAUCAACAAAAACAAAUUGUAGAAGAUGAAGAAGAAAUCAGAAAAUUUAUGAUCACUUAUGAUUUGAACGAUUGCCUUGCUGUAAAGAAGCUGGUAUAUGAAUUACAAUCACCAACAGAAACAGAAUCUCCAACACCAUUAAUUACCUAUGAUCUUGAAGCAAUAUUUGAUGAUGAAUUAGCAUUCGAUCAUGAACAAGAACCUGUUAAUAAAUGGCCAGCUAAUGAAAUUAAUUAUAAUAUAAAUGUUCAUGUACAAAAUGAAAUUGUUAAAUUAUAUGAUGAUGUUAAAAUAGAUGAUGCGCCAACAUAUGAUAUAUUAACCGUGAGUCAUGAUCGAGAUGAUUCUUUGAAAAUGAUUAGAGAUGAUGAUAUUGAUGAUAUUGAUGAUCAAGAUAUUGGUCAUGCACGAAAUGAUCGUCAAAAUGAUAUUGAAAUUAUAUCCGAUGAAGAUGAACAGCAACCGCUUAAUAUAAAUAAUAAAUAUCAACAACAUUUAUCUGGUAAGCCAUUAACAAGAAAUCAAAAGAAAAGCCGAAAAAAACGAGCUAAACGAUAUCGAUUUCAAAUAAUUAGGAAAAUCUAUCGUGGAUUUACAAUUAGGCAAUUUAAAAUGUUUUAUUAUAUAUGA